AUGGUCCUCGAAAAUAAAUUGGUUGAACAAAUGGUUAAUCUUAGCAAGUGUAUUGACAGUACAACAAAAACUAUGAUCCGGUACAGCACGAGGGUCGUCAGGACCAAGUACGGACCGCUGCGCGGGAUCGUCGUCCACUCGCAUCCGCAAGUCGAGGCCUACCUCGGCGUGCCGUAUGCUACACCUCCAUUAGGUAGUCUCAGAUACAUGCCGCCCGUGACGCCGUCGCAGUGGCGGACGACGCGGCUGGCGGACGCGUCAGGGCCGGCGUGCCCGCAGGUGCCGCCCGCCGCCGUGCCCCGCGACGACGCGCUUCUGCUGCACCCGCGCGCGCGCAUCCGCCAGCUCGAGCGACUGCUGCCCGUGCUCGCCAACCAGAGCGAAGACUGCCUCUACGUCAAUCUCUAUGUGCCUGUCAAUGGUAUGUUCUAUCACACUCAACUACAUUUCUGCAAAAUUCUUGAUUUUGUUGUAUCUGCGCGCAUGGCUUCAAACUUACUCUGUGAGUGUGUAUCGAGCAACACUCUUUUAUUUUUCCAAAUAAUCUCAUUCACAGACCGGGCUCUCCUUUGUUAACGGUGACAAACUCACUAAUGAGAUAGAAUAGAAUACUUUGAUCAGUAAACUGUGGGUGUGUUAGACAUGUCUGGCUAAUCUGUCGGGGAUUACAGGCUAUAUGGUAUUGUUUGUAUACUUGCCUUUGUUUCAUCUUUUUUCUUGAGUAGUGUGUCUAAUAGAGCACAAUGGUAUCAACAUAAUAGAGCCGCUAUGGCCGAGAGCUCACCCUGUUCAUUAAUCCUUGCCAACGGUUUAUACAUAUAAUUUAUUCACGUCAUUUGGCAGUUAAUUCACUGUUCGUUAUCAUGCCUCUUUAAAAAUGUAUUAAACGUGUAGACAACUCAUCUGUAAUUCAUAUUAUGAAGCUUUCAGUAGUUUAUUGGAGUUCUCUGUUACUGUAGCCUAUUUAUAGAAUAUCGAUACGAGCUAUAAACAUGUCAGUACUUUCCAAAAGUCCGUUAUUUAAUUAUCGAGUACCGAACUUUCUUUUUAAUCUGUUUACUGGAUGCUUUUACGAGCAUGUUCCAAUCGGAAAGUUGGGAUUGGUUGGUAUAGCAAAUACCCGUUAGCCUGCCCUGUUUGUAAUACAGGGAAUGGAUUCUGUGCGGCAACUGUUUAGUGCCGCAGCACUAUUGGAAUAUCAAAUCAGCUCUCCAAUUAACUAAAAGUCCUUUUGUAAGAGACUAGUUAUCUAGAGGAUACAUUGAGUGAAAGGCUUUUAAAAUUCUAAAAAGGUGGUACUCUUUUUAAAAUUGACUAUAUACUUUUUUGAUAUCUUUUUUCCCAUUUAGAUCUACAAGUUUAAAUUAGGAUUGUGUGGAAUCUUUAUUUUGCCAACAUGGUACCUA